UAGAACAGCCUGUAGGUGGUACUCUGAGGUGUAAUUUUCCACUACGACCCGGGUAGUCGGUCGAACACUUGGUUGCAGCACUGCAGCUUCUUCCCUUUCAUUUAAUAUCUGUUUUUAUUUGGCGUCGCUGGGCGCAGAUCUAGACUCACCGAGGCAGGACAGAGCAGAGAACUCAGCUAGCUAGCUAACCUUUAGCUAGUUUGUGCCCGCUUAAAUCAUUUAUAGCCGGUUGGCUCUUAAUACUCGUUUCUGAAAAAAUCAUAAAAGAAAAGUCGAUACUGUCAGCGAGUGAAGACUGUCUUGAGAAGCAUAAUGGACUUCGUUGCUGGCUGCAUAGGAGGUGCUGCUGGGGUCCUAGUGGGACAUCCGUUUGACACUGUUAAGGUCAGGCUUCAAGUGCAGAGUGCAGACAAGCCUCUCUACAGGGGAACCUUUCACUGUUUCCAGUCCAUCGUACGGCAAGAAUCAAUGUUGGGGCUUUACAAAGGCAUUGGUUCUCCUAUGAUGGGCCUCACUUUCAUCAACGCCAUCGUCUUUGGUGUGCAGGGGAACACAAUGCGUCUGCUGGGCCAAGACACGCCCAUAAACCAAUUCCUGGCAGGAGCAGCUGCUGGGGCUAUUCAGUGCGUCAUUUGCUGUCCCAUGGAGCUGGCCAAGACGCGCAUGCAGAUGCAAGGUACUGGUGAGAAAAAGUCAUCCACUCGCAAGGUCUACAAAAACUCCCUGGAUUGCCUGGCACGCAUAUACCAGCGUGAGGGCUUGAGGGGUGUCAACAGGGGCAUGGUCACCACCCUCAUCCGUGAGACGCCAGGUUUCGGGGUGUACUUUCUGGCCUAUGAUGUGCUGACACGUUCACUAGGCUGUGAGCCAGAAGACCCCUACAUGAUUCCUAAACUACUGUUUGCUGGAGGCAUGUCAGGCAUCGCUUCAUGGCUUUCUACAUACCCAGUGGAUGUGAUUAAGUCUCGACUGCAGGCAGAUGGUGUUGGAGGCAAGUUCCAGUACAGCGGUAUUAUGGACUGUACGCGGAAGAGCAUAGAGCGAGAGGGCUUGCGAGUGUUCACGCGUGGCCUGACCUCCACUCUACUCAGAGCAUUCCCUGUCAAUGCAGCCACUUUUGCCACUGUAACACUAUUCCUCAUGUAUGUACGCCAAGACGAAGGGCCCAAAGACUGCGAACCUGCCCCUCAACACCAUGCUGCAUUACAGCAGCAAGUGCAGCCAUCCAGCCUGUGAUACGGUCUCUGUUAUUAAUGGGGCUGGUGUGUAUACUUGUGCUUGGGGGCAUGAUGACACCUGUUGCUUAGAAGUCGCAAAUUGAAAAGCAGAAUCACAGAGUGCACAUCUGCCUUCUGUUGAUGGAAUGGCAACCACUCAGUCUGUAAACAACAGUAUAAAUGACUUGUGCAGUGUAAAACUGCAUUUGUACAUAUUUUUAUUGUGGUAAA